ACUGAGCCUGUAGUAUUCUCAGGUUCACAUGCUUUCCCAGCUAUCCAUUCCAGCAAGCUCUUGCUCUUCCACAGCAUGCAUCGCACAGCCAGUCCCUUGCUCAUGCUCCUCAUCAUAAGCAUCGUCCCGUUCUCGACCAGUGGUGCACUACAGCCUCAUGGCAAGGGUUGUAUCGCCACCGAGAGGGCCGGCCUGCUCUCCUUCAAGAAGGGCGUCACAAACGACGUCGCCAACCUCCUCACGUCAUGGCAUGGCCAAGACUGCUGCCGGUGGAGAGGCAUCACCUGCAGCAACCAAACCGGCCAUGUCGUCGAGCUUCGCCUCCGCAAUCUUAAUACGCACAGGUAUGAAGAUGCAUGUGCUGUCGCCGGUUUGUUUGGCGAGAUAAGUCCCUCUUUGCAUUCCUUGGAGCACCUAGAGCACAUGGACCUGAGCAUGAACUGCUUGCCAGGGCCAAAUGGCAGCUUUCCUGAGUUCUUGGGCUCAAUGGAGAACCUGAGAUAUCUCAACCUCUCCGGCAUACCAUUUGUGGGUAGAGUGCCUCCUCAACUGGGUAACUUGUCUAAGUUACAAUAUCUUGGCCUUGGCUCGGGUUGGGAUGGCUCCGAGAUGUACUCUACGGACAUCACCUGGUUAACAAAUCUGCAUUUGCUACAACACCUUAGCAUCAACGGAGUGAAUCUCUCAGGGAUAGAUAACUGGCCUCAUACACUGAAUAUGAUUCCAUCUCUAAGGGUUAUCAGUCUUCCUGCCUGUUUACUUGAUACUGCAAACCAAUCGCUUCCGCACCUCAAUCUUACAAAACUUGAGAAGCUUGAUCUUUCUGAGAAUAAAUUUGAGCACUCAAUUUCAUCUGGUUGGUUUUGGAAAGCGACAAGCCUCAAGUACCUCAAUCUUCAGGGCAACAGAUUAUACGGCCAAUUUCCUGAUGCACUAGGAAACAUGACAGCCCUUCAAGUCCUUGAUUUGUCGUUCAACUCGAAGAUGAGGACGAGAAACCUGAAGAACCUUUGCAGUUUGGAAAUCCUAUACCUCAAAAAUAAUGACAUAAUUGGAGAUAUAGCAGUGAUGAUGGAGGGGUUGCCGCAAUGCGCAUGGAAGAAAUUGCAGGAACUGGAUUUCAGUGACAAUGGAUUCACCGGAACAUUGCCAAAUUUGAUAGGUAAAUUCACCAGCUUGACCAUACUUCAGCUAUCCCACAACAACCUCACUGGAAGUAUACCACCAGGGAUUCAGUAUUUGGCGUAUUUAACUUCCCUUGACCUCUCAAGCAAUCUCUUCAGUGGAAGUCUACCCUCUGAAAUUGGUUUCCUUACUAAUCUGACUUCUCUGGACCUAAGCAACAACAACUUAAGUGGUAUCAUACCUUCUGAAAUUGGUACCCUUAGUGAUCUGACUUAUUUGGUAUUAAGCAAGAACAAUUUCAGUGGUGUGAUGACAGAAAAACACUUUGCUAGUCUAAAGAGGUUAAAGAGCAUAGACCUGUCUUCCAAUAAUUUGAAGAUCGUAGUGGAUUCAGAUUGGCUUCCUCCCUUCAGGCUGGAUACUGCACUGUUUUCAUCUUGCCAGAUGGGUCCUCUGUUUCCAGCCUGGCUUGAGCAGCAGCUAGAAAUCACUACUCUUGACAUUUCAAGCGCAGCACUAAUGGAUAAGAUUCCUGAUUGGUUUUGGUCGACAUUUUCACAAGCCACAUAUCUCGACAUGUCUGACAACCAAAUAAGUGGCAGCUUGCCGGCACAUUUAGAUGACAUGGCGUUUGAAGAACUCUACCUUAGCUCAAACCAGUUUAUAGGAAGAAUACCACCCUUUCCAAGAAACAUCGUCGUGUUAGACAUCUCCAACAAUGCCUUUUCUGGAACCCUACCAUCAAAUCUUGAAGCUAGAGAACUCCAAACGUUGCUCAUGUAUUCCAAUCAAAUUGGUGGCAGCAUUCCAGAAUCUAUAUGUAAAUUACAACGGUUGGGAGAUCUCGAUUUAUCAAGCAAUCUAUUGGAGGGUGAAAUUCCUCAGUGCUUUGAGACUGAAUACAUAUCGUACGUCCUAUUAAGUAACAAUAGUUUAUCGGGUACAUUCCCAGCAUUUAUUCAGAAUAGCACCAAUCUCCAGUUCCUUGAUCUUGCAUGGAAUAAGUUCUACGGAAGGAUACCGACAUGGAUAGGAGAACUGAUGAGACUACAGUUUGUACGACUAAGCCACAACGCAUUUUCUGGGACUAUUCCAGUUGAAAUAACAAACCUUAGUUAUCUUCAGUAUUUGGAUCUAUCAGGAAAUAACAUAUCUGGUGCUAUACCUUUGCAUUUGUCAAACCUAACAGGUAUGACCCUGAAGGGCUUCAUGCCUAUAGCUAGUGUCAACAUGGGUCCAGCUGGCUUGGGUUCAGUAACUAUCAUCAGUCAAUUUGGAGAAAUCUUGUCAAUAAUCACAAAAGGACAGGAGCUUAAAUAUAGUGGUAUCCUUGCAUAUUUCGUGAGCAUUGAUUUAUCAGGCAACUCCUUGACCGGUGAAAUUCCCACAGAUAUCACUACCCUUGAUGCAUUGAUAAAUUUGAACUUGUCAUCAAACCACCUGAGCAGAUACAUUCCUACAAAGAUUGGCACCUUGAAGUCAUUAGAGUCUCUUGACCUUUCUGGAAAUAAGCUUUCUGGUGAAAUCCCAUCGAGCUUGUCAAGUUUGACAUCUCUCAGCUACUUGAACAUGUCCUAUAACAAUUUGUCUGGAAGGAUACCCUCAGGCCGCCAACUUGACACCCUCAAUGUGGAAAACCCAGCACUUAUGUACAUCGGCAACAAUGGACUUUGUGGGCCUCCUCUUCAGAAGAACUGUUCAGGAAACGGUACAGUCAUGCAUGGUUAUAUUGGAAGCAGCAAGCAAGAAUUUGAGCCAAUGACUUUCUAUUUUGGUCUUGUGCUGGGACUAAUGGCGGGGCUCUGGAGCGUGUUUUGUGCGCUGUUGUUCAAGAAGACAUGGAGGAUUGCUUAUUUUAAAUUGUUCGACGAGCUGUAUGACAGAAUCUGUGUAUGCAUGGUUGUGAAGUGGGCAAGCUACACAAGGAACACAGUGGCAGAAUAAAGAUUUUUUAAGCCAAUGUCUAUUCGACAACCAAUUGAAUGGGAGCUCCAUAAUAACCUGGGUGAGGAAGAUGUAAGACAUAUGUGAACUUGUGAAGUCGUAGGCAUGGUUUAGUUGUUUGUCUAAAUGGAGAAGUUGUUGUUUAAUUCUUCUGGCAUGUAAGAAUUCAGAUAUUGUUAUUCUUGACUCCAGUCAUGAGGAUGUUUUGCUGAAUAAUUUCGACUUUCUGCUGUA